AUGGUUCAACUCAAGACCUUCGCAGUUAUUGCGACCACGCUCUUUGGUUGCGCUCUAGCAGCUCUCACAACGUCAGAGGGCGUUGACAGUGCUAUCCCCGACAGCUACAUCAUCACACUAAAGUCUGAGAUUGGGCCACCCACAAUUAAGGCUCACAUGAAAUGGGUUGGCGACGUUCAUAAACGGAGUCUCGAAAAACGUGGUCUCGAAAAGCGUGAUAGCGAUAACGGUGUUGAGAAGACAUUUGAGACCGAAGCCGGCUUUCGAGGCUACGCUGGUACUUUUGAUCCUGAAACAAUAAAGGAGAUCAAGAAGAGCUCAGCUGUGGCUCACGUAGAGCCUGAUCGCCGAGUUCAGUUGACAUGGAGACCAAGCAAGCGACAAGAACAGCCCGCGCAGCCCUCAACAGAAGCCGGUCAAGAUGAACAACCUAGCGAUGGGGAUGAUGACAACGAAGCCCUUGAGAAGAGGGAUGAGGUCAACCAGACACCCGGCACAUGGGGACUCGGAACUAUCUCGCACCGUAAGAAAGGUUACAACAACUACUACUACCACAAGUCGAGCGGUUCCUCAUCGUACGCCUACCUCGUUGAUAGUGGCGUGCGCGCCACCCACAAGGAGUUCCAGGGCCGUGCCAAGAACGGCUGGACAGCUUUCAGGAGAGAUUUCACUGACCGUCUCGGCCACGGUACUCACGUCGCUGGAAUCCUCGCCGGUAAGACCUAUGGCGUCGCUAAGAAGGCCAAGAUCAUCUCUGUCAAGGUCUUCCAAGGCGACUCGGCCGAUCUCUCAGUCAUCAUGACCGGUAUUGAGUGGGCUGUCAACGACAUCAUCAAGAAAAAGCGACAAGAGUUUUCCGUUAUCAACCUGUCUCUCGGUGUUAAUGGCGUCUCUGGCGCUCUCAAUGAUAUCAUCAAGAAUGCCGCCAAGGCUGGUGUUAUCAUCGUUGUCGCUGCUGGCAACCAAGGCAAAUCCGCCAGUCUGACAUCCCCUUCUUCUGCCCCUCAGGCCAUCACCGUUGGAGCCAUUGACAACAAAUGGAAGAUUCCCGACUGGUCCAACUACGGUUCCUCGGUUGACAUCUUGGCCCCCGGUGUCGAUAUCGUUUCUGCCUCGUGGCUGAGCGACAGCGGCACCUACAUCCUGGAUGGUACAUCCAUGGCCUGCCCUCACGUCGCUGGCCUUGUGCUUUACGCCCAGUCAGUUUACGGCAUUGUUGGGGUCAAAUCGACGACAAACUUCAUUAAGAAGUAUGCCACCAACAACAAGGUUUCUGGUUCGCGCCGUGGCACACCGAACCGAAUUGCCAACAACAACAACUUCGCUCAAACCAAGUGA